AUGCAUCCAAGUGCAAAUUGGGAAGAAGCUUUUGAUGUUGAUUGGGAGAAAUAUUCAGAACGAACUGAUAUGUUCAAUGUACAUGGAAAUUGGGAGUGGAUAGAUAGGAAAGUUUAUGUCUACAAAUUGCCUUUAGGACCUCAUGAAACUUGUUCUGGAAUGAUUAAAAGCCAAAUUCGUUUGGCAGAUCCAGAAAGAAUGCUCAUUAGUUUAGAGUCUAUUAUUGAAUAUACAAAAGAAACAAAUGCUGGUGGUACAGGAAAAGAAGCAGAUGGAUCUUAUAUACCAUGGGGAAAACUUAGAGUAAAUUCAAAUGGACAUGAGGGUCCAGAUUCUUAUAAACCAUGGCCCAAUCUUGUGAUAGAAAUUGCCUCUUCAGAAACUGAAAAACAUUUAUUAAAUGCAGUAAAAAAUUAUUGGCUCUGUCCAGGCAGAGCUCAUGAUGCAAUUGUGGUAAAGUUAGUGAAAACUGGUACAAUUAUUUCAAGAAUGAAAGUAUGGCAUUUCUGUACAGACAAUAGAACACCAACAGGGGAAUUAGAGCCUGUUAUGGUAUGUCAUAUUAUUAUUAUUAGUACAAAAUGUCUUUUUCAUGGAAUGCCAUCUGAUUUUUGUAUAUUUGCAUCAAUAUCUAAUCCUCUUAUAAUAGAUUUUUAUGAUGUUUUAUAUGAUAUGGAAGAAGAAUUUAGGAUUUCAUAA